GAACUUCUGUUGAAAAGCAGUAUAUAAUUUUUUAAAAUUCAUAUUCUAUCCCCAAAUCCCUCCGGCAAUCUAGAAGAAUACCAUGGUCAUUGGUACUGAAAGCUGCCAAGAGAUCCAGAAGCACCAAUUGGGUAACAUUUCCUCUUUCUAUUCCCUGCCAAAGGUCUUCUAUCAGGCCAACCAAUGCCAUCCCAACCCCAUAGCCUGCCCUAGAGCCAGUUUCAAAUGUGUCUAGAUGAUUUGUUUCCUCCAAGACUACCUGGAGCUGGUUAGCUGUCACUCUCUCGAUCAUCUUACCCCACCACCGGAAGACUGGCUUUUAAUUAUCCAUCACCAAGGGAUCUAGGGCAGGCUUUUAAAGAAGAAAUUUAACCAUUGCCUCCUCCAAACAAGGAGACAUCCUGCCCUCCCUCAGAGAGGCAUUAAUGAUGUCAACUAGGCCAUCUCCAAUAACUUCCCUGAAAGAUGAAAUCAGCUAUGUUGGACAUGGAUCCAAGGAAGAGGUGGUAGACCGCCUACUGCUUAUAAGCAGCUCGUCUACAUCCUCAGGAGUCAGAUUGAAACUGAUCCAGUCUAAUCCUACAAGGAGGAUUGCUUGACAUCCCCAUAACUGACCCUGCAGGAAUACUGGAGUCGAGGUCAGUCCUGAUCUCAGAGAUUGGAAGAGAUUUGACACCAAGGACACCUGAACCGGACCCCUCAUGACCUUGGAAUGGCUCUGCUGGACAUGAACUUCCGGACACAGUGUUUAUAGAAUAAAAUUGCUUAUUUGUGGCACAUAUUUCCGCAGUGUAGGCCAUCAAAUGGGCUCCAUGCUGCAUCUUAUCAGAUUUGAGAUGAAUCUUCUUUCAUUUGAGCUCUACUCAUCUAACUUCUGUUUCAGCUCCCAUACCUCUUCCAUAUGCCAUGGAGCUAAUUUAGGAGCAGGCCAGAGAGAACACUUAGGAAUAGUUAUGUAUACAGGUGGUCCUUGUUAUCCAUGAUUUUGCAUAUCUGCAGUUGGAUUAUAGGAACCCAGUUUCUUGAUUCAUGGGGUGAAAAUAGGGCUGUUUUCACCUAUCCACAGGUUGUUUUUGCCUAUCAUUUCUUGAGUGGCCGGAAAUGGCUGAGCCAUUUUGUGGCUCUUUUCUGCAAACACAAAACACAAAAAACCCUCAAAAAAGAACAAAAAUUGAAAGUUGUGGGGAGCAUUGCUGGAGAACUGAAAAUCAAGGUACUGUGCUUACUUGUUAUUUCUGCAUUCUCUUGCAGUUUUCAGCACAGUUUAGCAGUGUGUUUAGGAACCUAACCCCAAUUGUCCAUAGGGUUAAGGUCUCUUUAUUCACGGUUUCGUUAUCUGUGAAAAUAGGCGGGAACCAAGACCCUGCAAAUAAGGAAGGCCUCCUAUACUGCCCCGGUGAAUUCUCUAUUCCACGUCUCCACCAGAGCAUUGACGGAACCACCAACAGAACCAGCUCUAAAACCCUCCAAGGCCUCUUGGAAUCCUACAGGAUCCGAGCAGACCACCCUGAUAGGAAGCUGGUAACUGUCUGGGAAAUGGAGAAACAAGCAAGGUCUUUGCUCUACCCCCCACAGCACCUGGUUUUUCUCAACAUUCCCUCUCUUCUUCUGCAGAGCUCGGAGGGCCAGAUGCCCUCAGCCAGAAUGACCCCACCAUGGAGGGGCUGGAGCUCCAACAGGGCAUGUGCGCCCACCUCAAGCUUUUCAGCCUUCACCCCCAAAAGUGCCCACCCAAGGUGGAAGUUGGCAAAUCCCUUUUGAAAUGGAGGAACCAGACAGAAUACUUUCCCUGUCUCCCACAGCACCUGGUUUUUCCUCAGCGUUCUCUCUUUUAUCCUGCAGAGCUCGGAGGACACCCUCAGACAGAAUGGCCAUGCCCUACAGUGGCUAUUACUGCUCUAGGUCCUUUGGACUGGCCUCAAGCUCUUCAGCCCUCUCCCCACAACUGCCCACCCAAAGUGGAAAUGGUAAGUCCCUGCAGAGUGACUUGUGCGGAGGCACAAGACAAGAUCAUUUCUCUAUCCCCCGCAGGACCUAGUGUUUCUCAGCUUUCUCUACUUUCUCCUGCAGACUUUUCAGAGCCAGACAGAAGGGCCAGACACCCUGAGGCAGAAGAGCCAUGCCCCGCAGGGGUUGUAGCUGCUCUCAGGCAAGAGGGUCAGCCUCAAACAUUUCAGCCCUCUGCCUCGGAAGUGCUCACCCAAAGCAGAAGUCGGUAUGUCUCUGGGGAAUGCAGGAAAAAUCCAGGCUCUUCUCUUUAUCCCUCACAGUGCCUGGUGUUUCUCAACUUUAUCUCUUUUCUCCAGCAGAGCUCUGAGGUUCAGACACUUCAGGCAGAAUGACCAUGCCCUGCAGGGGGCUGUACCUAGGGCGUGAGAGUCGGCCUCUCACUCUUCAACUCUUUCUCCUAGAAUACCCACCCAUGGUGGAAGUGGAGGAGUCCCAGUGGAAUGGAGAAACAAGACAGCAUUUCCCCAUAUCCUACACAGCUCCAGUGUUUGUCAGCUUUCUUCUCUUACAGAGCUCCCGGGGCCACAGGGAAGAGCCAGAUGCUUCAGCUAGAAUGACCAGGCCCUGCAGGCUUGGCCUCAAACUUUUCAGCCCUCUGCCCCAGAAGUGUCUGCCCAAGGCAGAAGCUGAGGUUCCCUUGAAGAGGAAGGGCCAGAUGUCCUCCGCCAGAAUGAUCAUGUCCUGCAGGCGCUCUCCCUGCUCUAGGGUACAUGAGUCGGUCUCAAGCGUCUCAGCCCUCUGCCAAAUGUGUCCACCUCAGGCGGACGUGUUUUUUAAAAAAAAAAAAAAAAAAACAUUUACAUCCCACUUUUCCUCCAAGGAGCUCAGUACAUGGUUAUGUUUAUCCUCACAACAACCCUGUGGCCUACGGAAUGGGAGAACAAGACUGGAUUUCCCCCACAGGAGCUGGUAUUUUAGGCUUUAUCUCCUUUCUCUUGCAGAGCUCUUAAGGUCAGAUUCUCUCAGGCAGAAUGACCACGUUCUGUACGUGCUGUGGCUGCCUUGGGGCAUGUGGGUCAGCCCACUUUUCAGCCCCCUCCACUGGAAUGCCUUCUCAAGGCAGAAGUUGGUAGGUUUCUGUGGAAUUUAGAUACAAAAAGCCAGGCCACUUUUCCUCGUGAGGUUACCAUGCCCCCUCCCCACAAUGAUCAGCCAAGGUGGACUUUUCAGUUAUCAGGUGAGGCUGGGGUGUGAGAAACAGAAGCAGCAAUGGAGGGAAGUAGCACCCAGGCAACAGGCUUGGAGCAGUACAGCUGGUGUCAGCCCACAACUGAGAUGAGGCACUCUUUCCUGGGGUGGCUGGCUGCAGACAACAGCAUUAGAAGCAAGAAGUCAGACACAUUCAUAGGUUGCCUACCCCUGGUCUGGGGCAGUAUCAAGGAGAGCUUGUUGAACCAGCAAUGGUUGAGACAUGAGUGGUCGCUUAUAUAGCUGACUAGCCCCACACCCUUUUCUGACUGGCCCUGGCAUGUCUUACACUAGAGCAGGCCUGCUCAACUUUGGCCCUCCUGCAGAUGUUGGGCCUACAACUCCCACAAUCCCUGACUAUUGGCUACUGUGGCUGGAGAUUAUGGGAGCUGUAGUCCAAAAACAGCUUGGGGUGGGGCUACCUUUCACAGCUGGUUUACACCUCCUCUUGAGGAGACCUAUUGCAGGGUAAGCCUUGAGCAGCUGGCCUUGCACUUUGCGCGUCUCCUUUUUUUGCAUUUCCUCCCAAGCAUGGUGUUGCCUUCAUACCUGUGGGCUUGGAGGUGAUGCUGGGGGCUUAAGAGGGGCCAUUGGUUGCCUAGGGGAGAACACUGGAGCUGGCUGUAGUUGGGUUUCUGAUAAGACGAUCCUCUGCUUCUGAGGCUUGCCUGAGUUGCAUGAAGAAGGUAGGUCCAGGAAGCUCUCAAGUGUCAACUGAAGUGAGUGUAUGGGUGGGGUGUUGGGUCUUCGGGAUCCAGGUUUCCAGGGUGUAACAUGGCUUCCCCUGGCUGGAUGGGUAAGAUGGUUUCUGCAGGGGCUUCCUGCACUGGGGUGUCUGGAGAGCAGGUUUCCAAGGACUCCCUAACAAGUGUGUCCUCCUCUGCUGCUGCAUUUAUGCCUUUGUCCGCUGAGUCAGUUGUCUGUAGCCCUGCACUUGGACUGAUCCUGACACUACUCUAGGCCCCCCUCUCUAUUCCCUGCAGCAUGCUUUCUCAGCACUUGCUCUUUUCUCCUGCAGAGCUCUGAGGGUCAGACAGAAGGAAGAAUGACCACAGCCUGCAAGGGGGGUAACUGCUCUAGGGCCUGUGGGUCUGCCUCUGACUUCUCAACCCCCUCUCCCCAAAAUCCCUGCCCAAAGGUGGAAGCUGGUCAGUCUCUGGAAAAGGAAGGAAUAAGCCAGGCCACUUUGGCUGUGUUCUCUCUCCCCAUCACAGCACUGGCUGUUUCCCAGCUUCUCUGUUUUCUUCUGCAGAGCACUGAGGGCCAGAUUGGAGGAAGAUGCCCUUAGGCAGAAUGAGUACCAGCUGCAGGACAGUAAUGGCAGACUCCAACAAGCUGGAUGCAAGCAGCCAGAGCAUCAUCCUAUUUUGUCAUUUUUGCUAUCAUUAACAUCCUGAGUGGUAACGUGUCUUCUACCCAUUUGUUCGGUGAGUUGAUCAUCCUUUCCCAUAAGUUGGCUUCAUCCAACGUGGAGUCCAUCCAGUCUACUUCAGUACCAUAGCUUUUGCCUGCAGAAGUGUUUUAGAGAGAAACACAAUCAGCAACACUUUUUAUCGGUUUACAUCUCACAGGGUGCUAAACAGUCUCCCCUUAAGACUACAAUGGCUCCAGGCUCAAAUUCCAACUCUGUCACAAUACAGUUUUGUCUCACUGUACAUUAUUUCAGCAUCCUACUUUGCAAGCUGUGUUUGUUCUGCUGUUCGUUGUGGUUUUUAUCCAGUCAUACAAAUGGGGCUUGUGCAGAGCAUAGCUUCUAGAAACUUAGGAGAGAGUUCUACGCCCUCUCUCAGAGCAGGGUAACCCCAUGUUCUUUACAUGCCUUGGAUGAGAAGAAGGCUUCUUUCCCAUAGUUCUCCCUCUCUCACAACACUAGAACCAUGGGUCAUCCCAUGAAACUGAAGGGCAGGAAAUUUAGGGCCAAGAAAAGGCAGUAAUUUUUCACACAGCGCAUAAUCUAUGGAAUCCUCUGCCACAAGAUGUGGUAAUGGCCACUAGCUUGGAUGGCUUUAAAAGGGGCUUAGACCAGUCCUCCAUGAAUUUGUCUAUCAAUGGCUACUAGUCUGGUGGUGGCCACCUCCAGCCUCGGAGGCAAGAUGCCUCUGAAUACCAGCUGCAGGGGAGCAACAGUAAGAGAGAGGGCAUGCCCUCACCUCUUACUGUGGGCUUCUCGAAGGCAUCUGGUGGGCCACUGUGUGAAACAGGAUGCUGGACUUUAGGCCUUGGGCCCAAUCCAGCAAGGCUGUUCUUAUGUUCUUCUUGACUACCACCUUAGCACAAAAAGGAAGUGUAUGUAAAGUUAAAAAUGUAAAUUCAAAUUAGCUUUAAACCAAUGGAUAAAGCAGGAUACAAGUUUUAAAAACAGAGGAGAAGACUCACUGGCUGCCUGUACUUGUUACUUCUCCUCGGCAUGGGCAAAAGGGACUUUGGUAACCCAGGGGUGCUCUGCGUAGGCCUUGACCAUGUUGGCCUCUCAGCUGAGCUCUUCCAUGUUCUGUUCAAGACAGAACAGGGGACUGAAACUACACAGUGGUGGGAGGGAGAUGAAUUAACAGAGCGCUAAAUACAGCCCUUGUCUAGAAAGGCCCUUGCAGACAAAUCUACAGUAUUUAAUAGCACUAAUAACAGAAAUGGAGAGGGAGUUUUAGGAGCGGGCAUGUUGAGAGCAGAGAGCAGUUUAUGGGCACUAGCUCCAUAAUUUUUCUGAAUGAAAUCUCCACAAUGACGACACUUAUUUGCAACUCUUGAUCAGGAGAAUGAUUUGUUUCCCACCUUUAGCACAGUGGUGCAUAGAUGCUUGGAAAGAAGAAGGGAUGUUUGGGUAGGGCUGCAGAAGAUUCCUGUCUUCAAAAACCCUGGAGAGUCACUGCUAGUCAGAGUAGACUGUACAGAGCUAGAUGGACCAAUGGUCUGAACUCAGAAGAAAGCAGCUUCCUGUGUAGGCUUUCCCAACUCUUUAAAAAACAACACCCCCCUAUUUACCUAACAUGUGGCGGGGAGGGGGGCUUUGACUCAGCUGAGUGUACCUGUUCCAAGUCCUAUCCUGAGGCCUCCCAAGAAAUGAUUGGCCAGCUUGUUGUGGUCCCAGACAGUGAGUUCUACACAUGCUUCUUUCAGAUCUUCAGCCCUGAAGCCAUCGUAGACCAUGGUGUGGUUGAACACUGGAUUAGUCGUCUUUGCUACAGCUCUCGUUUUCUGGCGGCUUUUCCUACUCGUAUCUGGAAGAACAGUGCUUCAGACGAAAGGGGGGGAAUGGAAGAAAAAACCACUGAGAUAUCCUUAAGCAACAAGGCUUGCAUUAUUAGUGGGUGGCCAGUAUUGGCCACCCACUAGCUUUGGUUUUUUGGGGGGGGGUUAUGACCUCACCCCAUCUCUUCUGAAGGCAUGGGGCCUUCUCAUUGGAUGAGCCCAGUGGGGGCAGAGCUUAUUAGGCCGUUGUGGCCAUUCCACUCCCUCCUCAUCCCAGUCCUUGCUAAAUAGGCUCUCCCCUCUCUCCCACUCCGCGUGCAGAACGGGCUUUGCUGGCUGUCCAUUUGGGGGCCGAGUAGGAAUUUUUUGCUUCCCACCUGAUUGGCUUAUGUGUGGGGAGUUUUUUUGCCUACUCCGUUCUGUUUCUCUGCUUAGCUAGGCCACAACAAGCAGGUGUGGUGCGGGUUGCAUGCAGCAACACUAGGGAUCUGCACUGGUGAACCUCCUUGGGCUAGUUAAAUUGGCUGAGUGCUUAAUCGGUCCUUAGAGGCUUCAUGGCUCAAAGGCUACAGUUUACACUUCUACCUGCUUCAGGGACUUCACAGCCUCAACAGCUGUGUGACUUGGGGUGGGGGGUGAAGUCCCCGAAGGGGCUCUGAUCCAUUGGGUUGGCAAAGAGGAGUAGGGACCAGCAUUGCACUGAUUCCAGGCUCUGAGUGUGUCGCCCAAAGGGCUUGGGGAAGGGUUGUCUGACCCCAGCCUAUGUUAGGUCCCUGCACUGCAGCAAGGUGAAGUUCUUUUCCCAAAAUCCAGUUCAUAAAAGGUUAAUAAAGUUGUGGCCCUCUCUU